GAGAGAGGACAGACUCCACGCACCAGACUGGCUGUCCAUUGAACUGGAUGGUGACCUAACAGAGAUGGCCGGUGCAGGUUUGUGUUGUGCCAGCCUGGAGGAGCCCAAAAACCUGAUGAAGAUGGGUCUGAGCAUGCUCCUCAUCGGCCACGUUAACUUCCUGUUAGGGGCGCUGGUGCACGGCGUGGUGCUCCGACACAUCAACCUCCACAAGCAGGCCCGGGCCAUGGAGUACGCCAUCUCCAACGUGGUCGCCCUCACCUCCGGCCUCGUAGGAAUUGUUGUCGGCAUUCUGGCAAUCGUCCUGUCUAAAAACAAGAAGAGUAGAAGCCUGACGUGGUCACUUUUCACGGUCGGCCUUGCUGCAGCGCUCAUGGCGGCGGCCUCGGCCAUCGGCCUCUCCGUUUCCGUGGUGAUGGCUGUCGUUCACGGUGGGCGGAGCCUCUUGACUCACUGCCGCUUCCCUGAUGCCAUCGGCUACUCCAGCAUCACCAACGAGUGCCCUUUUGACCCCACGCGCAUCUACAGCACCACUCUGAUCCUUUGGGUGCCUCUGAUCGUGACCUGUGUCGUCCAGAUGGUGUUUUCUUCCAGGUGCUCCGCUGUCUGCGUUUCAUUCCUCGGUCUACCUUGCUGCCCCCGCAGGAAGAGAACCAGGGACUUUGGCAGAUCGAUCAAUGCGGUGAGGCCGAUGGUGGAAGCUGCUCCCUCUCACUACACUGAACCUCUAACACGCUACACUGAACCCCCAAGAAGCUACUCUGAACCCCCAAGAAGCUACUCUGAACCUCCACGAAGCCAACCCGACCCUCCAAAACGCUACUCUGAACCUCCAAGAAGCCAACCCGACCCUCCAACACGCUACUCUGAACCUCCAAGAAGCUCCACUGAACCUCCAACACGCUACUCUGAACCUCCAAGAAGCCACCGAGAACCUCCGAGACGGAAUACUGAACCUCCAAGACAGCAGCGCAGACCUCCUCCCCUUCCACAGCAUCUCCCCCCUCAGCACCGGAGUCUCCCUCCCUCGGAGAGGCGGCCCCUUCGCCAGCCGUACAGAGAAAGGUCAGACAGAGAACGGCAAGAAACUCGUGUUGGCAGCCAGCAAAGGGCAGCGGAGCAGCACCAACUGCUGGAGAGGGAUACACUGGAAAGGUCCAGCUUCUGGAUUUAGACACAUUUGACAUGCGAGAGCUUCUUGAAGACCAAAGUUCUGUGAGAGAGUGUGCUGUAGUGCAAGCUACCAUACUUGGAUUGCAACAUUAUACUCACAACCCCAUUGUCCUGACAGAACUUCUACACUAUGAACUCAUAGCUGGAGAUGUUUUAUUUAGCAGCGGUUUAGGCUGUUUGCACAGUGUGCAAGUUAUGCCGGUUAUGCAAGAGUGUGUGUUCUUGUAUUUCUGCACUAAUGAGGGUCAUAUUAUUCCUAUUGGGAUAGACGGACGAGGCAAAUCCUUCAAUCCGAUUCAAUUGGAGUUAAAAGAAUAGUUUUGGGAAAUGUAACUUGUUGCUUUUCUUGCAGAGAGUUAGAUUAGGAGAUUGAUUGCACUCUCACAAUGUCUGUGGUUAUGUACUUAGCUGGAGUUAGGACCUGUUUAAUUUAGCUUAGCAUAAAGACUGGAAGCAGGGUUGAAAAAGCUGUUCUCCGGGUCUAUUUGUUUAAUAUAUCAUGAGCUAAUGUGAGAACGUGUCAAAGGGAAGCUUGAAGUUGAACAAAGGGCCCGAGGAAAAGUAGUCCCUGACAACAUAAAAAGUUUACUUUGGGAACUCUGGGAACAUAGAACCUUUGGAAAGUAGGACUCAGAACAUGUGACCUUGGAAACAUCAGACCCUGUUAACAUGGGAUUCCUUUUUUUUUUUAGCACACAGACAUUUCGAUCUUCUUGUUUAACCAUCGGUAAGAGAGUGAAAAUGUGUAUUUCCCACAAUGUGGAACUAUUCUUUCAAUGUUUGAGUUUACACACAUAAUGGAGGCAGGUACUGUAUAAAUAAGGAAAUUUAGUGAAGAGAUGCAGUGUGUGUGCCUGCAAGAUUUUUAUCUGUUUUUAUUGAGGAUGGAGCCUCUGGUCUGCCUGUUUGAGUAAAUGAGAAUCAAUCAAUUUGUUCCUGCUUUUAAGGUCAAGAGAAACUAGUGCUGCAAGUUUUUGUAUUUAUUUCGACGAAAGUCAAGUCGACACGUAAAUAAAGUUUU